AUGUCACACUUUGAAACUGGUAGUGAGAGUAGCGAGACUGAUGAAACAUUUAUUGACGAAUUGUUUGAAGCUGUAAAAGGUAAGUCAAAACUAAAAGAAAUUAGAAGAUACACAAAAAAAGUAAAUGUGGAAGAUUGCAAUUUAGAUAAUAUUAAUAUAAACGACAUUGAAGCAUUUGAGUUCAUUGAUGAUAACCAUACUCUUAAUGAUUGUAAUAUUCUUAAUGUUAGUGAUCAAAAUGAAAUUGUUAAUUUAAAUUACUUGAAAAAUGAUUCACAAAAUUGUGUCCAAACUAUUGAAGACUGUAAUAUUACUGACGGUGUUAAUGAAAUUGAUGAUUGUAAUUUUCUUAAUGUUGGUAAUCAAAAUGAAAUUGUUAAUUUAAAUUACUUGGAAAAUGAUUCACAGCAUUUUGUCCAAAUUAUUGAAGACUGUAAUAUCACUGAUGGUCGUAAUGAAGUUGAUGAUUGUAAUGUUAUUGAUGUUGAUAAUAAAGGUGAAAUUGACAAUUUAAAUGAAUGUGAAUAUGAUCUGCAAAAUAUUGGAAGGAAACGGAAUAUUAGUCCAAAUCCCAAGUCAUGGAGUAGGAACGAAAACAAAUCAAAACGAGUUAGAGGUGAGGAAUAUAUGGGCUAUAGACGAAAAGAAAAAACAAGUACUAAUAAUAUAUUACAUGACACAUUAAGAGGUGAAAGAAAAAUUGGUCCAACUUGUACAUCUAAAAUUUGUGAAAAGUGGAAAACUAGAAAUUGUUCAACUAUCAAAGAUGACGACCGUCUACAUAUUUUUAAUAGUUUUUGGAAAAAAAUGCCAUCGUGGAAGGAAAAACAAAUUUUUGUUUUGUCAUUAGUAGAUAAAAUAAUUCCUAAACAGAGAACUUCAUUAAGUGUGACAUCCCGUAGAAAUGGAACCUUUAUUUAUUAUUUAAAAGUAGGAAAUAACAAAUUAUGUGUAUGCCGUGGUAUGUUUUUAAGUACUCUAGGCCUUAAAGAGUCAACUUUGAGAUACUGGUUAGAAACCAAAACACCCUUUGGAAACAAUUUAUCAGAAAAUUUUACAAAAGAAAAAGAGUGUGACACUGAAGAAGAAAAUAAUAUAGAAUGUCAAUUGGAGGGUGAACAUUUAUUUAGAGAUGGACAUAAAACAGGAAAUUCAAUACGAGCAAAAGUGCAUAAAACUGAUUACUUGAAUAAUUUUUUUAAUAAGUUUCCAAAACUCCCUUCACAUUACUGUAGACAAUCUAGUAGGAAGUUAUACUUACAAACUGAUAUUAUUUCAAUUACACAGCUAUACAAUAUUUACAAUGUUGUAUGUAAAGAAGAUAGUGAAGAACCCUUAAGCAGGAGAUCAUUUGAUAAAAGUUUCUAUAGCAAAAAUCUAUCAAUAUUUUCCCCAAAAAAGGACCAGUGUGAUACAUGUUGCCAAUUCAAAGUAAACAAUUUAUCACAAGCAGAUUAUCAAAAACAUAUUGCAAAAAAAAAUCAAGCCAGAGACCAAAAAGCUAAUGAUAAAAUGAAUGCUGAAGCUGGUGAAUGUCAUGUAUUUACAUGCGACCUAAUGGCCGUUCAGCUUCUUCCAUACUGUCAAGCAAGCUCUAUUUAUUAUAAAAUGAAAUUAGCUGUCCAUAACUAUACUAUUUACAAUCUAGGAACCCACGAAGCUAUUUGUUAUUGGUUUGACGAAACACAGUGUGAACUUGUAGCAUCAACUUUUGCAACUUGUCUAAUAGAUACAAUUGAAAAAACUAUAAAAAACUCAUUUAAACCUGUAAUAGUUUACUCAGAUGGGUGUACAGCACAAAAUAGAAAUAGCAUUCUUUCAAAUGCAUUACUGCAUCUUAGUGUCAAAUACCAAUUGAGUAUAACCCAAAAGUUUUUGGAAAAAGGUCACACUCAAAUGGAGUGUGACAGUGUUCACAGUGUCAUAGAACGCAAAUUAAAAAAAACAGAUUGUUAUCUACCUUGCCAAUUGUCUCAAAUAACAUUACAAUCCAGACAACAUCCAUUCCCAUAUAGAUCUGAAGUAUUAAAUUACUCAUUUUUCUUAGACUACAGUGAUAAAAAAUUUAUGUUUUAUGAAUCUAUUCGUCCAGGGAGAGUGGCUUUAGAUGCAGUUGUAACCGAUCUCAGAGUACUUAAAUACUGCCCUAAUGGUAUUAUUUUUUAUAAAAUUAAUUUUGAAGAUGAUUUUAAAGAGUUGCCAAGAAGACCUAAGAACAUUAAUGAGGAUAACAUCAAUAAAUUUCCUAAGCUGUACCAAACUCAAAAAAAAAUAACAUUGGACAAAUGGAAUGAUUUGCAAAGCUUAAAAAGUAUUAUGCCUUACGACUGUCACUCAUUUUAUGACGGUUUGCCUCAUAUGGAAACAAGUAUUAGAAAAGAAAAAAUCAAAAGAAAAAAUUUUAAAUAG